AUGAACACACCUUCCACAAUUCUUGCUGCCAUCCCUCGACGUCUUCAUCUACAACCAGACCAUCCUCUCACUAUAACACGGAAACUCAUCGAAUCCCGCUUCCCAGGCUACAAAACGCAUAACGAGCUCUUCCCCAUCGUCACCACAGGGCAAAACUUCGACUCACUAGGCUUUCCCUUGGACCACGUCGGACGCAGUCGAACAGACACGUACUACCUGAACAAGGACACCGUACUACGAACCCACACUUCCGCCCACCAAGCCGAUACCUUCCGCAGCAACGAAAGCGAAGGCUAUCUCAUCAGUGCUGAUGUCUACCGCCGUGACGCCAUUGACCGGAGCCAUUACCCUGUUUUUCACCAGAUGGAAGGAGCACGAACAUGGAACCGGGAGCAAGCAAAAAAAGAUGGCAAGGACCUCGCCCAAAUCAUCUGGGAAGACGUAGAGGAUAUACCCAAGCACGACAUCGCCGUCGAAGACCCAAACCCGUCUUUCCACUCUGAGCGUAAUCCUCUACAAACAGGCCACUUACCAGAAGAAGUUGAAGCCAUAGCCGCCCAUCUAAAACGCAGUCUCGAAGACAUGGUCGUCACAAUUUUCAACGCUGCAAAAAGCGCCUCGGACACUACUUCAGAUACUCCCAACGAACCCCUCAAAGUACGCUGGGUAGAAGCCUACUUCCCCUUCACCUCACCCUCGUGGGAACUAGAAGUCUUCUGGCAAGGCGACUGGCUCGAAGUCCUCGGCUGUGGCAUCGUCUCCCAACCCAUCCUGGACAAUGCGUCAGUCUCCAACCGCGUAGGCUGGGCCUUUGGUAUUGGUCUCGAGCGCAUCGCCAUGCUGCUCUAUUCCAUCCCUGAUAUCCGUCUGUUCUGGUCAAGCGACGAGCGCUUCCUAUCGCAAUUCAGCGAACAGAAGCCCAUCCGCCGUUUCAUCCCCUUUAGCAAAUAUCCCGCAUGUUUCAAAGACGUGAGUUUCUGGCUCAAGAGCUCCUCAAGUGCUGCCGGCGGUGGAGGCGCUGCUGCCCAGGCACCGGGCAUUGUAUCAAGCAACCCGCCAGACGGCGACAACCCCAUCCCACCAGCCAGUCCCAUACCACCACCACAAUCCUCUUCCUUCCACGAGAACGACGUCAUGGAAAUCGCCCGCGAAAUCGGCGGCGACCUCAUCGAAGACGUGCGGCUAACAGAUCAAUUCGUGCACCCCAAGACUGGCCGUAGAAGCAUGUGCUAUCGCAUCAACUACCGCAGUUUGGAACGCACGCUGACGAAUGAGGAGACUAAUGAGCUGCACGAGCGACUGAGAAACGUGCUGGUCGAGAGAUUGGGCGUUGAGCUAAGGUAA